AUGUCGGUACUUCUAAACCAAUUGAACCAGAAACUUCAAGAGGAUGGGAGGACUGGUGGGGUGGUGGAGGAUGGGAGGACUGGUGGGGUGGUGGAGGAUCGGAGGACUGGUGGGGUGGUGGAGGAUGGGAGGACUGGUGGAGUGGUGGAGGAUGGGAGGACUGGUGGAGUGGUGGAGGAUGGGAGGACUGGUGGAGUGGUGGAGGAUGGGAGGACUGGUGGAGUGGUGGAGGAUGGGAGGACUGGUGGAGUGGUGGAGGAUGGGAGGACUGGUGGAGUGGUGGAGGAUGGAGUAAAUGGUGGAGUGGUGGAGGAUGGAGUAAAUGGUGGAGUGGUGGAGGAUGGAGUAAAUGGUGGAGUGGUGGAGGAUGGGAGGACUGGUGGAGUGGUGGAGGAUGGAGUAAAUGGUGGAGUGGUGGAGGAUGGAGUAAAUGGUGGAGUGGUAGAGGAUGAGAGGACUGGUGGAGUGGUGGAGGAUGGAGUAAAUGGUGGAGUGGUGGUGGAUGAGAGGACUGGUGGAGUGGUGGAGGAUGAGAGGACUGGUGGAGUGGUGGAGGAGGGAAGGACUGGUGGUGGAGUGGUGGAGGAUGGAGUAAAUGGUGGAGUGGUGGAGGAUGAGAGGACUGGUGGAGUGGUGGAGGAGGAGGGAGUAAAUGGUGAAGUGGUGGAAGAGGGAUGGACUGGUUGUGGAGUGGUGGAGGAGGGAAGGACUGGUGGUGGAGUGGUGGAGGAGGGCGCAACUGGAGGAGUGGUGGAGGAUGGGAGGACUGGUGGAGUGGUGGAGGAUGGGAGGACUGGUGGAGUGGUGGAGGAUGGGAGGACUGGUGGAGUGGUGGAGGAUGGGAGGACUGGUGGAGUGGUGGAGGAUGGAGUAAAUGGUGGAGUGGUGGAGGAUGGAGUAAAUGGUGGAGUGGUGGAGGAUGGAGUAAAUGGUGGAGUGGUGGAGGAUGGGAGGACUGGUGGAGUGGUGGAGGAUGGAGUAAAUGGUGGAGUGGUGGAGGAUGGAGUAAAUGGUGGAGUGGUAGAGGAUGAGAGGACUGGUGGAGUGGUGGAGGAUGGAGUAAAUGGUGGAGUGGUGGAUGAGAGGACUGGUGGAGUGGUGGAGGAUGAGAGGACUGGUGGAGUGGUGGAGGAGGGAAGGACUGGUGGUGGAGUGGUGGAGGAUGGAGUAAAUGGUGGAGUGGUGGAGGAUGAGAGGACUGGUGGAGUGGUGGAGGAGGAGGGAGUAAAUGGUGAAGUGGUGGAAGAGGGAUGGACUGGUUGUGGAGUGGUGGAGGAGGGAAGGACUGGUGGUGGAGUGGUGGAGGAGGGCGCAACUGGAGGAGUGGUGGAGGAUGGGAUGACUGGUGGAGUGGUGGAGGGAGUAAAUGGUGGAGUGGUGGAGGAGGGAGUAAAUUGUGGAGUGGAGGAGGGAAUAACUGGUGGUGGAGUGGUGGCGGACUGGUAA